UUUAAUUUAAAGUAUAUUGGAUAUUUUUAUAGGUAGUGUUAUAAAAGUAUAAAUUAUUUUUAUGUUUAUUGUUCUUUGCUUAAUAUAUACGUAGAUUGAUUACUUCAAUUGUAGAUAUGAAUGAUGAAAAUACAGAUGCAAAAUCCAAAGAUUUGGAUUUAUGGAUGAUACGUCCAUGUGAAAUAUAUAAUAAUGAGUAUAGUGAGUGUACUUCAAUAUCAUCAAGAUUACAUCAGAUGUUUGUUCAUGGAAGUACAAUAGAUUGCAAUUAUUGGCACGAAGACUAUACUAAUUGUUUAAAAUGGAAAAAUUACAAAAAUAUUCAAGCAGCUGAAACCUUGGUUAAUAGUGAAAAGAUGAGAAGAAGAAAUCGAUGGAAAACAUUUUAUGCUAAUGAUGUAUGGAAAAAUAGAACUAGUCCACCAGAAAAUUGGAAUGAUCCAUUACCAGAUUACAUAACCCAACGACAACAAAAUUCAACAUUAAAGGAUUCAUUUGAUGAAACAAAUAAUAAAUCAUUUUGUUCAAUAAUGUAAAAUUUGUAUACAAAUAUUUUAUUGUUAUCUUAUAAUUUAG